ACUUGGAAACACUGCUGCUAGUCGCUUUGGCUCCUGUUUGCCAGCACUCCACAAUAACGAUGAAGAUCCUGUUUCUGAUCCCAGUUUGCCUGAGCUUGAUUCUCAGCAGCUGUGCACAGAAGCCUGAACCCUGCAAGUCUCCACCUUUGCUUGAGGGGGCACUGACUGCGUUCAUCCCUGGGCACCACUUGCGUGUUUUUGAGAAAUUCUCCUAUGAUGCCUUUGGACAGAAUGUCCGAAUUCUAGCAGCUGGAAAGGAAGGCAACCAGACCUUCUAUGUUGACAGGCUUCUGCUCUUUAGAGAGGGAGUCAGCUAUGAGAUCCACUACCACAACCAAACUUGCAUUAAGUCAGCAUUAAAGGACCCAUUCAGACAUAUUGGGGUUCCCCAUGAUGCCCAUUUCCUGAAUCAAAUGGUCUUGGGUAGUAGCUCUUUACCAGGACAAGGACUGCUGGUCAAUAACUGGAAUGGAACAGUGGAGGAAACACAAGAACGCUACCUGCUGACCUUCACUGCGCUUGGCUGUGUGCCUCUCUACACCCUUGAUUUCACACAGAAAGGAGAAUUAAGCAUCAUGACAAGCUUCUUUGACCUAGUGGAGGGAGUCGAGGACCCGAACGUCUUCAUCCCUCCUUCAUUCUGUGAUUCUGUGGAAGUGCUGCCGGCCAAAAAAGUUUUUGGGGCAAGAUCCUUCAUCAGUCUUCUGUGAGAGGCACCACGUGGGUUUUCGUCAGUGCAUGUCCAGCUUAAAUUGCAGUAUGGACACACCAUUUUUGAUUUAAAUAAAGACCAUUUGGGAUUAUUUUUUUUUAAACCUAUACACAUUAAACAAUAAUGUGGCUA